GGGAUAUGCUUAGUUAUUGGCUUAUUGCAGAAAGGAGCAAAAACUAGGGAGUGGGAGAAAGAAAGGGUUUUGGAUUCUGUCUGAAUUCAGAGAUUGAUCGAGAUGAACACUUUUACACUUUUCAGGGAUGAGGUGCAGAAAGCUUCAGAGAAGGUUCAUCGGCAUCACGCGAACGACGACGAGGCCGGGUUAUUCCUGUCACUUGGGCUUAGCCUCGGAUCGUCUCCUGAUGCGUGCCAGUGCCACGCCAGCAAGAAAGACGAAGCGGACGCCGGCAACGGCGGCGGCGACGGGUACCUCGCCCUCGCGCUGCGUUGCGCCCCCGCCGCCGGCGAGCCAAUGGUGCAUCCCAAGAGGCAGAGGGCCACCACCAACAGCAGCAGUAGCAGCAGCAUCUGCGGCGAAUACGGGGGCGGCGCCGCCGCCGCCGCCGUGCCGGCGGGCCACGACGACGACGACCGGUCUUGCAUGAUCACGGCUGCGUCGACGGCGAAUCGGCCUGGCCGGGUCGUACUCAGAACACGAUGCAGCGCACCCACGGUGAAGGACGGUUGUCAAUGGCGCAAGUACGGGCAGAAGACGGCGAAGGGCAACCCGUGGCCGCGGGGCUACUACCGGUGCACCGGCGCGCCGGGGUGCCCCGUGAAGAAGCAGGUGCAGCGCUGCAACCACGACACCUCCGUCCUCGUCACCACCUACGAUGGCGUCCACAACCACCCCAUCACGCCCUACGCCGCCGCGCUCCCUCCGUCGUCGUCGUCCUCCUCAUCGGCGGCGGUAGCCAUGCUCGCCUCCUCCUCGUCGUCUUCGACGUGGUCGGAGCUUCAGCGCGCGAUGCCGGCGGCGCAGUCGUCAUGGAGCCAGAGAAACUACCCUAUUCAGGCAGAUGUCGUGGCGAAGGCGAUCUGGGACCCCAAGUUCCAGGCGACGGUGGCGGCCGCCGUCGCGAGCUACGUCCGUGACCGUGAGCAGAGCGCGCGCGUUGCCGGUGGGAAGGGUGCCGGAGAGCUCUUCAACUUGGCUCCUCCAUGCUGACGAGUGACAAACACCCUGUACUAGCAUCCAUAAAUAUACAAAUUAUCUACCACUAAUGCACAGGUGGUAAACAACAAAAAAAUUUUUAGGGCUGGUUUGGUUCGUGGGUUAAAUUUGGCUUACCAAUAUUUGACAAUUUCAAUAGUGUUUAGUGUCUAUUUGGUUUGAAACCAAAUUUUGGCAUGCCUAAGAAAAUAUGUCAUUUCAAUAGUUAACUUAGACUAUUUUACCUUUAAUCCAAACACAACUUUACCUUCCCAAAAUUAGUCAUGUCAAAACUUACCAAAAUUUGGCAUUUUAAAAAUUGGUAAGACCAAUUUAGGUCACAAAUCAUACCAGUCCUUAGUUUUGAUCCAAAUUCCAAUUGCUGACAUUGACAUACAAGAAUAACGACAUUCCAUUUGUUUGUUUGUUUUUUUAAGUCUUAGACUCGAAUCCAGAUGAGCAGAUUGGCUCAACUUCUUAUGUAAAUUCAAUUUAUUAUUUGUAACUAGGUUAAACAAAUUAUGUUGAAUUGGUUAAAUUUGUUAAGUUAAAUUUGCAAACUUUAGCCUUUCAUCA